AACAUGGCGGCUUACAGGCGGCUGUGUUUACGUUCUGUUGUUUUGGCCUUGCUUUAUUUUGGCUUUCAAACCGAAGCGGGUAUUCAAGAAAGUCUACAGUAUGCUGAGGUUGACACCGUACAUAUGAUCUUUAUGACACACUUAGAUGUAGGCUAUAAUGGUGGCACUGAAACAGGAUUCAUCAACAAUAUCCUAAACACCUACUUCCACGAGUAUUUCCCCCGGGCCAUCAAUCUGUCACAACAGCUGCGCACAGACGAGUAUGUAGAAGGAUUUGUCUAUACAACUCAUCCAUGGCUGGUCAGUCUGUUCCUGGACUGUCCGCACAACCUUGUUCUCAACAACAUCACCCUUAAGUGUCCAAAUGAAACAUCAGUGGAACUCUUCAAAGCUGCGGUUAAUCGAGGUGACAUCACAUGGCAUGCUGGACCAAUGAACAUGCAGUUCGAGAACAUGAACGAAAUUCUAUUUCAACUGAGUCUAAAUAUCAGUUCUGAUUUAGAUGCAAUGUUUAAAAUACAAAGGAAAUUUCCAACUCUGAGUCAACGUGAUGUUCCAGGAAUGACACAGGCAGUCAUCCCAAGUCUGGUACAGAAAGGCAUAAUGGCUGUCUCAGUCGGAGUAAACCCAGGUACCAGCCCGCCAGCAGUGCCAAAGCUGUUCACUUGGGAAUUUGAGGACAGUGCUGUCCUUGCCACCUGGCAUGCAGGUGGGUAUCCCCUAGGACCGGGAAGCAGCCCCGCCAAGCCAGGGGGCCUGUCCAGAAACGACUGUGUGACUGUGGAAGGCUUCAACCAUGCCAUGUGCUAUGCUUUCAUACAGGAUAAUGGGGGACCACCCAAAGAUAUCCAGGAAAUUUUAAAUUACUAUGAAAUCAUGCGAAAGGAAUUUCCUGGAGCCAAAAUUAAGGCUUCCACAUUUGACGAAUUCUUUGAAGCUGUCCAGCCAAUAAAAAGCCAGCUCCCUGUAGUUACCAAGGAGAUAGGAGACACAUGGAUACAAGGGAUUGCAUCUGAUCCAAAGAAAAUGGCAAAGUAUAGAGCCUUUACAAGCUCCCUAAGUAGCUGUUUUCUGACACAUCAGUGUGACUACAGUGACAGCAGGAUCAGGGAUGCAGUUCGUUUCAUCAUCAAACCACCAGAACACACAUGGGGCUUGCCAGGAGUGGGCGAUUCUGUCAACUGGACUAACCCACUCUUCCUAAAGGCUAGACAAGGUAAAAAUUUUCAUAACUGUGAAGAUGCCUGGGAGGAGCAGAGACAAUUUAUUGAUAUUGCCUUGGAAAAGGUCAAAGGUCACCCACUAGCCAAUAUUGCCCAUUAUGAGAUGGAGCAGUUGACCCCAAAAGAACCAGAUUUGACAGAUUAUGAUGUGGUGGAAGAUGCUGCACAGAUAUUCAGCUGUGAAGAUGGUGUACAGAUUCAGUUCUCCAAUUCUGGUGCCAUCAAAAGACUAUACGAUCCCUAUAAUAAGAUAGACUGGGCUAGUGGACCAGACACAUUUGGAGAGAUACGGUACUAUACUUACAAUGAGACUGACUUCAGUAACAUGGCAUCUCAGUAUAAUUACUAUGGAGGUGCUGGGUAUGACAAACCCAACUCCACCAAGAACGCCCACCCAGAGUCUCGCCAGUGGUCCACACUACUUACCACUGUCUACAAGUCGCGCAAAUCAGCUCCAGCCUGUGAUAUACUUCUGAAGAUUGAAAUGGCCGAAAGUGCAGCCACGGACCGGUACGGAGCUCCACCUAUGUUCUGGUUAAAUUACGUCUCUCGGAAAAGGGCCCACAACUAUGGGGGAUUUGAUGUCACACUUCAGUGGUUUAAGAAACCACCCACACGCCUUGCUGAAGCUAUCAUGUAUCAUUUCGCCCCACAUUCUCCUGGAGGAGCGACCUCUGACCCAGAGUUCAUGUGGCAUGUAUCAAAAGUUGGUCAUCUUGUCGACCCAAGCAACGUUGUACUGAACGGUAGCCAGUACGUCCAUGCUGUUGACAAUGGAGUCUACUUCACCCAAUUUCAUGGUGAUGGUUUACAAAUUCAUACAUUUGAUGUGCCAGUAGUUUCAAUUGCAACCAAGAUGCAUCCCCCGUCGCCAUUUCCAGUCCCCUUAAAACCGAUUUUCCAGAGUGACAUGACAGGUGUGUCGUUCAAUUUGUACAACAACAUUUGGAACACCAACUACAUCAUGUGGUACCCAUACUUGCCCGAGGAUCAGGACUUCAAGGCAAGGUUUCAACUGAAAUUGUACUGUGCCUGGGGCUGCAGCACUGCUCAGGUCCAACAAGUCGGGUAACAUCUGGAUUCAACCUAUGUUAGUAUAUGUACAAGGAGAAUACUUUUUACAUUUAAGUUUUGUAUUUCAGGAUUCCUAGGUCAAGAUGACUGUUACUAUUUUUCGGAAAAAAAUUAUCGUCGUCUCCGGAUGGGUAAUUCAUACAUUACCCAUUGUUAUUUAUUGAAACGUGAAGACCAGCCUCAAUGCAUAGCGUGUCAGAACCUAUUUACAGUGAAACACUACUUAAUAGAUUUUCAAUAAUCAAAUUGACGUUAUCUUUUACCUUUACGUGUGUGAUCCCGUUUUUAUUUUGCAUUUGUUUUUGUCGACCAUGACAACAAUGACCUAUCCUGUAUUGAUGGGCCGUUAAGCAUGUAAUAAUAAUAAUUAUGAUAAUUUUAGUAAUUCCUUUCUGACUGUAUUUUGGUCAGAUUUCAUAUAUUGUUUAGGAUAUAAUGAUAUCUCUAUAACAAUCUUCUGUACCACACAGCAUUUAGAAUCUGUUAGUAACUUCCACAUAUGUCAGGGAAUUUUUGGUGCCAAAUUUCAGUCCCUUUCUCGGUAAAAAAUAUUUUCCCCAUUUUUCUCUCUCUCCCAACUUCAAAUUGUGAAUUUCUUCCAAUGUUUUUAUAAUAAUGCAGCCUUUAAAAUAAUGUUUUAUAAAUAAGGAUCUUUUCCCUCUUUCAGAAAAUUCCAAAUUUAGAUUACUGCGAUACAUUUUAUAAGCUCAUCUGGCCUGAACAACACGUUCUGAAAAACCACAAAAAUAGCAUGUUUGAGUUUAAGACUAUAACUUUGUGUUCAAAUAGAUGACCUUGAUCCACUUUUAAGGUAUUAAGGGUCAAAUAUAUUUUAAAAUUAAAAAAAAA